GUGAACGUGCCAGGUCUCACAGAUACAGAAAGAGCACUCCCUUAGGUACCGUUCUAACUUGGAACUGAAGCCAUUCUCGGAGAUCACCUUUCAGCCAAAUAAUAGACAGGCUUAUAAAAUAAACAGUAACACUCGUGAGGAAAGUGCUCCUUAGAACAAUCAUCUAUAUGAAGCCAAAAGGGCAACAUCUGCCCAAAAGCAAAGAUGAGAAGGCAGGAAGGGGCAGGAAAACCAGAUGAAUAGAAAUGGGGAACUCAGGGUGGUACUGGGGAAAGUGCUGCUACAUCUCAAGGAUUGCAACUAAUGUCAUGGGACAAUCUGUAUAUAAACUACUGAAGGGAAACCAAUCUACUCUGUAAACUCUCACCUAAAGCACGCACGCACACACACACACACACACAAGGUUAUUAAAUAUUCCUGGAAAAUAAGCAUGUUUAUUUAUUAAUAAUCAGAUGCUAAACACAAAUACUUCCUAUCUGAGAGUUCCCCACCACAAAAUCCAAAGCUUCAAUUUAUGUAUUAAUAUGUUGUAUUUUUUUAUUUUGCUACCCACAUUUCCCAGGUACUGACUCCAAGUUUCAUAAAUGUAAUUGUUUUAAAGAUUGUUUUCUGAGGAAUUCCUCAAAUAUCCUAUCACUACUUUGCUAAGCAUGGAGUAAAAGAUUUCCUGGUGAAAUCUACAGAUAGCAGAUUUUUUCAAGAUUUUUAGUGAAGAUUAAUGUUUUUAUUUUUCAGAGAUCACAUUUGAAAUAUGGCUCAGAGUGACUUGCUCUACCCAGAGAACCCAAGGAGGAGGCAGGAAGUAAACCGUCUUCACCAGCAGCUCCUUGAUUAUUUAUCUGACAGCUUCCAUGUCACCAAUAAGCUGAUUGGGGUUCUAAAUAUGCACUUGGGGUGCAAGCUUGCCUCGAUUGAGAUGAAAAGAGAUGGAACCAUCAAAGAAAACUGCGAUAUUAUUAUCCAGGCCAUGAUGAAAAUUCAAAAGGAACUGCAAAAGGUUGACAAAGCACUAAAAGAUAAACUAGAGCCAACGCUUUAUAGAAAACUUCAGGACAUUAAGGAAAGGGAGACAGAGAAAAUUGCAAUAGUACAAAAGGUUAUUUCAGUCAUCCUGGGAGAAGCCACUUCUGCAGCCAGUGCAGUGGCUGUGAAACUCAUAACCUCAAAUGUCACAACAGGCAUAAUUAACAAGUUGGUCACUGUUUUAGCUCAAAUUGGUGCCUCCCUCCUUGGUAGUAUUGGAGUUGCUGUUCUUGGCCUUGGCAUAGAUAUGAUCUUCUGUGCUAUCCUGGGAGCGGUGGAGAAAACGCAGCUUCAAGCAGCCAUCAGAAGUUAUGAGAAGCAUCUGGUAGAAUUCAAGUCAGCCUCGGAGAACUAUCAUCAUGCCAUUAUUGAGGUCACCAACACAGUGAAACGCCAAAUGAAAUGAACACCCGUUUUGUCACUGGAGUAUUUUUCUGCUUUCUUCUCAAUAGAAGCAUUUUGCUUCUUUAAAUAGGCUCAUUUUUUAUGUGCCUCCUUUUCGGUAUAUAGGCAUAAACAGGGUAAUAGUUUAGAACAUGCU